AUGGGACUCGAAUGUACGGUCGACCCCUCUUACCGACGAGCCAACCGUCAGGACCGAGUGCGAGAACUUCAGCAACAGCUGGAACAGUUACAGAAUUCCAUUGAAUGUCAACAAUGCGAUACGCCGCCAGCACCGGCACAGGUACAGGCGCCGACACUCAACACCACCUGGGUUCCCCCAGGGAGCCAGCCGACUCGACCGUCACUUGAGCAUGAGCCCUGUGGCCCUAUUACUGCCCCCCCGGUUGACCUUGUGUCUGCAGUGGCGGUUGACAAGCCGGUGGUGAUGCCCAUCACCGGAGUUCAACAAGGUCCUUCAUUUGAUCGCAGGCCUGUCAUACGUGACAGUGACAAUGACAAUGCCGACAACAGUCAUGCAAUGUCGUCAAGAACUGCAGCAGAAACCGCCGAGAUCCCUGAUCGCGAAUCUACAAAUGGCUCGCACUCUUUUGUCUAUGUCUUUGGGAAGACAAGACUCACCCAAACACAGGCCAAAGCUAUGUUUGCGACGUAUUUCGACAAGUAUCACCCAUUCCUACCGAUCCUCGACCCCUACCGAACGAACGAGUCAUGCUACGAGACCUCGCCACUCUUGUUUUGGUCCAUCAUUGCUGUUGCAGCACGACAGCUCCAACUUGACGAUAACUUCCUCAUGCAGCUGGGGAGCGAGCUCAGCCGAACGCUUUGGGCGACCGUCGCAUCGAACACGUUUUCGACACAGCACGUUCAGGCCAUGCUCCUACUCGCAUCCUGGCCGCUUCCCGAUAUCCGGUUGUGGACUGACAAAUCUUUGACAAUCAGUAUCAUGGGCAUGAAAUCGGCCAUGAUAAUGGGCAUGCAUCGACCAGGGUGUGAGCAUGAGUAUUCAAAGGACUCGGCCCAACUAAACACCCGGUGGGAUGCCCUCGAAAGAAGCCGUACGUGGAUCGCUUCGGUAGCUUUGUGCCAGAGUCUGUCUCUAGAUCUUGGGCAUGGCUCCGUCUCAGACUUUGACGACUGGAGCAUUCGCAGUGCCUGCAGCAUGGACUCUUCUUCCGCCGCAAAUGUGCCACUCCAGAUCCGCCAUAGUCUCAUGAUACAAAGAUGCAGUCACGACGCAUUGAGAUCCCUUGCACAAGCCGCCGACGGGCCCUACGGCAUCCCGGCAGGACCAAAUUGUUUCGACCUGAUAGCCCACUGCGAACAACAAUUCCAGGACCUGUAUUCUUCAUUGGACGAUCAGCUCUCUCUUGCCAACCGGCUCGAGCUCUACGGCUCUCAAUUACAUAUCCAAUGCUUCUACUUCUUGUACGAUGAUCAAAUUGAAAUUCGGCUGCCUGGACUGUUGAGAGCUUACGCCACGGCAUCCGCGCUGAUAUCAGCAAUUUUGUCUGACAACAACGCGCACGACGUCUUGCCACAUGCGCCUCUGAGGUUCACGCGCAUCAUCCUCAAUGCGGCCUUGGUCAUCUUCCGGAUUCUCCAUUCAAACUUAGCGAUGGGGCUCGACUACAACCACGGGAAAUUGUUAUUCAACGCCGCGGCCUUUUCAAUGCAACAACUAUCAGUUCGGCAGAAAGACAGAGACUUCCCUCUUCGCGGCUCCGACAUGCUGAGGGCAUUCUGGCGUGCGGGAGAGCGUAGUACCACCAUGUGUAGCCAAGAUCUGAGACUCCGUGUGAAGUCUCGAAUGGGUGCCAGCCUUGUCUACGAUUGUUUGUGGCUCUUCCGGCAAAAGAAUAAGCCCGCCGUCCCCACACAAGACCCGACCACUAACAACAGUCGACUUAUGCCUCCGGACUUGGACUUGACAGCGUCUCCUUCAGAGAAUGUACACACGGAUCCAAUGCAGAUGCAAGGGGCCACACCGUCCAUCUCAGACCCCAUGUUCUCCGACGAGGAGCUGCUGCACAUUAGUCCGAACAUAGACAUGAGUAAUAUGUUCUGGCUCGAGGAUUUGGUAUUUGUCGGCACAACUUCGUAA